UACUCGUUGAGUUCAUAUAAUAUACAGCUACACUUAUUUAGCUAAUAAAAAUUUAUAUUUUUAUUUCAAACCUACUUUUUUGAAAAGUAGUUAAGUAGUUUACAAAAGUUUUUUUUUAAUAGCAACAUUUGAAAAUAAAGAUAUACAACUAGUGUUUUAAAAUUUUACAUGAAUUAUUUGUUUUAAAUUUGAUUGUAAGAACGCAUAGCUGCAUAUUUAGCCAACAUGGCAACAAUACCGGCUUAUUAUAAUAACAAUAGUAUAAACAGUUUAAAUAGUGAAAAUAAAAACAAUAUUGAAAAUAAUUCUGCAGUAACACAAAAUAUUGUAUGUGGCCCAAAAUUACAAUAUGUUCAAAAUCGUAGUGUUGGUUCAUAUAUUUUUGAACGUUUAAACUCACAUGGACAACAAAUUGCACAGAUUGACCCAAUUACCGGAGAUUUUACAACUUUUCAAGAUAUCAAAUUGCUCAGUUUAAAAUUGGCAAAAGGUUUACGUAAUAUUGGCAUUGGACAUGGAGAUGUUAUAUCUAUUUGCAGCAACAAUAACCUUGAUGUUUGUUUACCAAUGUUAGCGGCUAUGUAUGUUGGUGCUGUCGUUUCUCCCUUACAUUCAUCAUUAUGUAGACCUGAUUUCAAACAUUUAUUGGCAAUCACCAAACCAAAAAUCAUUUUCUGUGACUACCCAUCAAUUGAAAUAAUCCGGAAAUCAUUAGCCGAAUUAAAAUUAUCAGUUGAUUUAAUCAUUUUUGGCGAUAGUAAAAUUCAUCAAUCUUUAGAAGGAUUCUUAAAUUUACAUUGCGAAACUGGUGAUGAUAUUACACCAUUCGAUUGUAUGGAUCCUUGUAAUCACGUUGCAUUUAUUGUACCCACAAAUGGCACCAAAGAUUUACCACGAGGUGUGAUGAUCACCCAUGGAAAUAUUUUACAUCAUUUACAAUCACAUUGGGAUACUGAUUGGAGUAAUUUAUCAAUGUUAAGUACAUCAACAAUGUUUUCGAUAACUGGAAUUAAGUCAAUGCUCGCAUGCUUUGAUCAUGGAAAUAUAGGAAUACUUGCACCAGAAUUUGAUCCAAAUGUUAUAGCAAAAAUUAUUAAUGAUUGGAAAGGUGAUUUAGUAUUGGUAUUAUCCACUAUCCAACUAUCAAAAAUUGUUAAUUAUUCCAAAAUUAAUGAUUACAACUUGGAACGAUGCAAAGUUGUUAUCACUUAUGGAAGUAAAUUAAGUGAUGUCCAUUAUAAAUUAACCGAAAGUUUAUUUAACACCGCGGUUUUAUUAGUGGGUUACGGAAGUGUGGAAACUACAGGAAUUAUAACUACACCGACUACAAAGAAAUAUUCAGUUGGAGUACCGGAUCCAGACACGGAAAUGAAAAUCAUUGAUCCCGAAACUGGACGUGCUUUAGGACCAAAUCAACCUGGCGAAUUAUACAUACGUGGUAAGAGGAUAAUGUCUGGAUAUUAUGAAGAUCAAUUAUCUACCUGUGAAGCCCUUGAUAAAGACGGAUGGUAUCAUACUGGGGAUAUUGGAUAUUUUGAUGCAGAUCAAUGUUUAUUUAUCGAAGGAUCAUUAUCAGAUAAAUUUUCAUAUAAAAAUUGCGAAGUAAUGCCUUUUGAAAUUGAAAAUGUGUUAUUGGGACAUUUUGAAAUUAAAGAAGCAUGUGUGAUUGGUGUACGCAAUAAAUUAGAUGGAGCACGCGCAAAAGCUUUUAUCGUACGUGAUGUCAAUUCGACUAUUUCUGAAACUCGCAUUAAGAAAUAUUUAGAAGGACAUUUAUCACCAUUUAAACAACUUCACGGAGGUAUUGUUUUCAUGGAAAAAUUGCCAUAUACUCCAACCGGUAAAAUCAAUCGAAGAAAAUUAAUGAAAUUGCCAUAAACAACAGAGUACAAUUUUCAAUAGAAAAUUAAGCUUCUUUUUAAAACUCAUCAAUUGUGAUAUACCUAUAAAAAAUUUU